AUGCCAAAGAAGCGUACAGACUCCGCAACCACGCAAAGCCGCGAUACAACGAGAACAAAGCGGCAGAAGCGCGGACCAGCGCCGUUUGCCUAUUAUCCGAAUGAUUGGAAGACAUUUCGCGAGUUCAAAGAUCAAGUCGUCUUACUGAAGACUCGCUUCGCGGACCGCGGAGGCCCUCAGCUCAUCGUCAAGAAGGUUCUGGAGGUCCACGCUAACUCUGCUAAUGACCCGAGGCCUUUCGAGAUUCGCGCGCUUGCUUUGCUACCUAGAUGCAACAGAGUUGUGCAUGCUCUAACCUGCGUUGCCUCUGAUGAGCCCAACUAUGGCAUCGCGCUCUUCGAGUACUAUCCCCUGGGCGACAUGGCGGUGUGGAAGAACCGAGAGUUCGACCUCAAAAACUUCAAGCCUGUACCCGAGAGCUAUAUCUGGAGGUUCUUCGUGCAGGCCACACAGGCCCUAGCAUUCUUGCAGAACGAGAUUGGCCACACCAAAGACCGCCGCCCUAUGCUGCAUCGGGACAUCAAGCCGAAGAACAUACUGGUGGUCGAUAUCGGGACUACAUACCCGUCCUUCAAGAUACACGACUUCGGCUGUGCCCUCUUGUGGCAUACAAGUAAGCAAGAUGUGCCGUCGUUCUGCGGAACGUACGAGUGGCAGCCUCCAGAGAACCCUCAGAUCAAUACCAUGGCGGCAGAAGUCUGGGCGCUCGGAGCGUGCGUCCACUUCCUUGCGACGGGACAAAAGCCGAUCGAGGACACUGAACACAGCAGGGCGGCUUUCCUGGAGAGGGUAGGGCAGGACCCAGAGAACUCGGAACAAGAUUACUACUCUUCUUCGGAUCGAUACGUUACAGCCAGAAUUCCAAGACGGGCGCUCCCAAUCAACCUUGACGCACAGACACAGCUCAGCAGAGGUAUCACAAAUCAGGGCCCUCCGAAUCCCCAGUAUAGCGUCCGACGACAACAGGCCUGUUGGCCAGAAUGGAGCCCGUGGCACUAG